CAAAUCUUCAAAUCAUACACACUAGGGUAAUACUGAACUCUGGGGAGCUAUUUACACAAAAGCAUAACUAGCUUUUAAACACAGCAUUUUUUCAAGUUUCUUUAUAAUCAAGAGUUAAUAAAUACAUCAACAUUUAUUUAAAAAUAAAAACAUGCAUUUUUACGAAUGUCGUAGCUAACAAAUCAAGCGUUUUACGAAGAGAAAUUGUUGUUAAUGAGUAUAUGGGUAUUUACUGGUUAUCAAGUUAACCAGCUGACUAAAUGGUUGAAAUUAACUAUCAUUACAUUUCCACUCGAUUGGUAAAUUGCCACUAGCAAUGAUUGGUCAAGACUCAUCUAACAUUGUUACCAGUGCAAGUCGCAGUAAUUUGACUUUAAAUCCUGAAAAUUUUGAGUAUGCUACUGUGAUUUAUUUUUACGACAGAAAAGAAGAGGAUGAGUUGACAUUAAGAGUUGGAGACAUUAUUGAGGUUAUCUCAAAAGACAAAGAAAUAAGUGGUGAUGAUGGCUGGUGGCUUGGUAAAAAGCAGGGAGAAAUAACUGUUGGUGUAUUUCCAGCAAAUUAUGUUAUAUUAGAAGAACAAAAUAAAAAUAUUAUACACAAACAUAGUUCUUUUAGGACACCUGUUGAUAAUCGUAGAAUUCCAGAAAUUGAAUUUGAAACGUUAGAUUUAAAACAACUAAUAGGCGUAGGUGGAUUUGGGCGUGUUUACAGAUCAAUAUGGGAAAAACAGGAAUGUGCAGUGAAAGUGGCACGUAUCGAUGCUAGUGACGAUCCUGAAGUAGCUGUCACAAAUGUUGAAAAGGAAGCAAGAAUGUUUGCCAUGCUUUCCCAUCCCAAUAUUGUAGCAUUACUAGCAGUUUGUCGUAAACCACCAAACUUGUGCUUAGUUAUGGAAUUUGCUGCAGGAGGUGCUUUAAACAGAGUUUUGCAAUCUAGAAAAUUACCACCUGAAGUAUUAUUAAACUGGGCUUUACAAAUAGCAAAAGGAAUGCAAUAUUUACAUAAUGAAGCAUUUUUACAAAUUAUUCAUAGAGACUUAAAAUCUAGCAAUAUUCUUAUCAGUCAGACAGUUGAAGAAACUCUUGAUCGACGAGUCCUAAAAAUAACUGAUUUUGGCUUGGCCAGAGAAAUGAACCACACAACAAAAAUGAGCACAGCGGGUACGUAUCCAUGGAUGGCUCCAGAGGUUAUUCGAAGUUCGAUGUUUUCAAAAGCAAGUGAUGUGUGGAGUUAUGGCGUUGUUUUAUGGGAGUUACUCACUGGACAAAUACCCUAUCAUGGCAUUGAAAACUUAGCAGUAGCUUAUGGUGUGGCCAUGAACAAAUUGACCCUCCCUGUACCUACAACGUGCCCGAAUGGCUUUAAACUAUUGAUGGAAGAUUGCUGGCAACCGGAUCCUCACGACAGGCCGAGAUUUCCCGAUAUCUUGGUUUCACUGGAGAAGAUCGCUCGCUCAGACUUCCCCCGUACUGCUAUCGAUUCGUUCAGGUCUCUGCAGGAUAAGUGGAAAGGCGAGAUUGAAAUUAUUUUCGUAGAACUAAAAGAACGGGAAAAGGAAAUUUCCAGUCGCGAAGAGGAGUUGGUGAAAAUUCAGAACGACCAGCGUCGCUUGGAAGAGCAUUUAAAAUCGAAAGAAAUAGAACUACAAGAACGAGAGCGAAUGUUACUCGAACGCGAAAUUGUCAUGGCUGUUCAGACGCAAACACAGAUCAUGCCCGUACCAAAUAAACGUGCAAAGAAGAAACAAAGGCUUUGGAACAUCCUUUCGUCUGGAAAAACAAGCAUCAGCGCUCCUUCAGCCUUUCGACACAAAUUUACUGUCACCACAACACCAACGGAUGGUGGAGAGGGUCCGUUGAAUGAACUGUUUAAUGCACCGAAGUCCCCUGGGCCGCAACGAUUGCGUCUUCUCUCGCUUGAGAAAGAGCAGCGGCAAAAGCAAAAUAACAAAAAGGGUCCCCGAACCUGGGGACCUAGUUCUAACUACCAAAAAGAAAAAGAAAAACGUCGAAAAGAUAAGGCACGUUCUCGCUUAUACACCAGUGGUGGAAAUACAGUGCAGGGGCAUGGUCGUUCAUCGUCCUUUCCGAAUUUAGGCAUGGAAUUAAACCGUUCGGACACGGAAUCACAAACUCUUAGAGAGCUAAGUGAUAGUUUACCGGCUGAACAUUUUCCAGCGGAGAGUGCAUUUUCUCCUGCACGCUCACCAAGAAUACGGUAUUUAGCUAUAUGUCAAGCAGGAAUAUUAGCAGCCGCAGUUUGCGGAAUAGAUAUUUUAGAAGCGUUUGAUAACGACGCUGAGUUCACUUUAACAAAAGAAACUAAGGAGAAAAAAGACAGCAUAACUGGUCGCGAAGGAACCUCACUUACGCCGGCUACUUACCACAGAAAGAUGCAUGCCAACGGCAAUCUUCGUUCGUCGUCACAACAAUCGGUCGAUAUUUACGGCACAUAUCGUCGGAAGCCCAACGACAGCGAUAGUUACAGUAGCAGCAGACAAGUGCUGUAUAAUUUAUCGACAGUAGAUUUGUUGCAAACUUCUCCAGAUCAAAUACAAUCUUUUACUGAGUAUUCAGAGCAGGAUACAGUACACCUUCGCGACAAUCAGCACGACUUCACACAGGCGGCAAACCGCUAUCGACGAAACUCAAUGGAUAACCACUUAGAUUACGACUCGCGACAACAAUCAAAAUCGGCGUUUCCUAUCCGGCACGUUUCACCGGUUGACAGCGAAUUGGCGAGAUACGAAGGGAAACCACAGAGACCGAAAACUCUAAAUGUCACGCCUGAGCAUAGCGUUCAAGAACAGCAACAAAACAACACGCGUUAUAUUAUCUCUAAAAGCACGUCUGCCCUAUCUAACCAAGCAUUUACUAAUUCCAACACUUCAUCAUCGUCCCAAAGUCCCGCUUCGACGCCCUCGCCAAAACUUCUAAGUAAAUCUAAUUUAAUCGACUUAAAUAACGUGGAUAAGGUAAGGGUGAUGCCCUCGCGAAACCACGUGAAUCACACGUCAACGUCCUCGCAACAGUUGAACAGUAGCACGAGACCACGUGCUCAAACUGCUUAUAAUCAACACAUGAUCAAAACAAAACCGAAUUCGACCACACUGACGGCGAAGCAGACCGAUUUUAUUGCUUAUAUAUAGCUUACGUUUAAAUCACUUGCGUCUGUUUUUCCGAUCGCGUGUACUGACAAGUAAUUUGUGGGAUUCUUGCGCGAUUGUUUUUUUUUUCGGUUAUGUACGUUUAAGCUACACUCCUAAAAUUGAAUUUUGUUUUUGUCUUGUCCUUUUUUUCGUCUACAGAAGAAUUUGUAUAAAGAUAUGCUGCAUAGGAAUCUAUAAUUAUUUGUCUGUUUUUUGUAUAUAUUCUCGACAUGAUUUUUAUUUUUUAUAUUUUUUCCUUGUGCGCAAUUUUUGUGUAAAUUCUGACUUUUAUCUUUUCCCUAAUUAAUUAAUACGAGAAUGAUAUCACAUAAGGAUUUCUAUGUUAAUUCUGACAGUUAAAACAUUUACAAUGAGAAAAUAAAUCUACCUGCUAUAUUUAGAUCUUCUUCCAUCGAAUAUAAAAUUAUCAAGCAUCCAGGCUUUAAAUUUUGCCACAAACUUAAUGUGUUUUACGUAUGCACUCUGUUACUUUAGCUGUGGAGUAUGGUUUUUCACUAUAGCUUUAUACUGCCA